AUGGACUUUUCCAAUGCACCUCUUGCUGUUCUGGAGGCUGAUGAAUUGUCGUAUACAGGCAAAAGUGAUACAGGAGAUCAACCAUGUGAAGGAGUACUGAAGCGUUCUCUGUCUGACCCGUUUGACAUUUCCGGUGGGUUACAACUGGAAGCGUCUCUCGAACAUCUCAUAUGGACUUUUGAUGACAGUGUUUCCCGUGGAUUAAUGGAUUCUUCGGAUGUUGAUGAGUCAAAGAGUCACCAGAAUGCUAGAACGUCAUUAGAUACUAUUAAGUCAUUUUGGCGAAUGAGUGUUGCACCUAUCGAAAAUCCAAAGGAUUCAUAUCCGCUUGAAAAGGGGCCUAUAACGUUCACCAUGGAGGAUCUUCACAUGGCAGAUGCUGAGUCCGUAUCUGAUGCUGAAUUUGAGGCAUUUGCACCAAACACAGAGCUGCUUGUGAGUAUGCGCAACUUCCCUGUAUUUAUCUCAUCCACAAUCACUGUUUUUACCAGAAGGCCACACCUGGUGUUUAUCCUCAUUUCGCCGUCUCGUAUGCAAGACUUUGAACUAUUUGAAAUGCGUCUGAGUAUGCUCAAUGCCUUGGAACGUGAGAAAUUGGCGGGGGUCGGAGAGGAUAGCCUCAAGGGAAAGAGGGAGGAAGAUGAUGACACGGUGGCAACGAACUCCGUUGACCCGUUCUCCUCAUCCUCCUGCGAAUCGCUUCCCUGCUCUCUCUCUGACACGUAUCCACCGCACCUAUCGCUUGGCCAACAGCCGCCAGCAUCGGUGGGGGCGACAGCGCCGGAUGUGGCCGAAGAACAGGCUUUGGACGCCUCUCUGAGGUUGGCUAGUCUCCAGGCUGCUUUAGAGGCAUUUAAGGCACAUCAUCCCACCCUACCGCUCGUUGAAACUCCUGAUUGGGCUCAAGAGUUAGAGCACCUAUCACCUCAAUUGCUGCGCCACUAUGCAAACGAGCUAGAGGCCGAGACUGGUAGCAUCUCCGAGUACCUUGUCGCCUCUCUAGCGGAGCGCGAGGAGCUCCGUCUUUUUCGUGAUGUUCUGGACGACUUUAUUAUCCUUCACAACAACCUUCAGGUUCGACGUCGUAAAGCUGCUGAAGCUGUGCUCGCCAAUACUACUCGAUCCACUUUGGCCCAUCUCAAACAGCAUCUGAGCCAUUCAGCGAUGUAUCGGCGGAUGCCACGUCUGAACUCACCAGGGAGCCUGAUUGAAUUGAAUGACAUGUCGAGGCGAGGCGAUGUCCUUUCGGGCAGCGCAGUUUCAUUGAAUCUACAGAGGCAGGAUUUGGAACGCAUGCCACGAGGUCACCAUAUCGGCGACCCUAUCGAAUUUCCUAGCCUACGAUCAGCAUUUAUUCGUCUCUCUGGUUUCCUUACUGGUCAGACCGCAAAGGCACCAGUUGUCACUUCAGAUACAGUUUCCUUGGCCACACGAGUUGUUGCAGAUGCUGAGGCUAGUCGCAGACAAUUGGCAACUUCUAAGGUCCCAAAGCGCUUGAUUGACGGAGUGCAGAGCCAAGAUCAUAAACUGCCACCUUCUGACCUCCCUUGGCCAAUGGGGCGACCAGAGUUUAGCCAGUCCCUUAAAUUACACAUUCCUGUUCCUACUUCUCAAUUGCCUUCUUGGCUUCCUCCAAGAUUGCGCAUAAUUAAUCAAAUUUUGCUAGCUGCCUUGCGCGAGUCUCCGGAGAACCUUUCCAUCAAAACUUGGCUGGACCUUCUUGUUUUAGAUCCAUUGGUUGAAGCUGAACAACUACAACGAACAUCCAAAUACUUAUCAGCCAGUGGCUUCGAGUCCGCUCAGGUGGAUUCUCUUCGGAUUCUCUAUUCUUCAUCUGACAUUGGACCGCGGAAAACCGUCAGCUUUGAUUGGCAUGGAACGAAGGAGUUGUUUAAAGCUUUGGCUAUUGAACGUAAUGGCGAUGUACCUCGUCGCACCUCACCGCCUGUAAAUUAUCCCCGUUGGGCGUUUCCGUCUGCCAUCAUGAUUAGUAUGCCAUUCGCUCAAAGGCGCACACUUAAAGUGGAUAAGCUUCAACGUGCCGAGGAGAGAAUAAAGAACAAUGUAUGGGACAUUGAGGCAUGGAGUGUUAUUUUGCGUGAUGCACAGUCCAAAAAAAUUGAAGACGCCCGGGAAUCUUUCGAGAGGAUUAUAUCCCAGUUUCCCACCGCUGGCCAAUAUUGGAAAAUAUACAUCCAGCAAGAGAUGAAGGCAAAAAAUUAUGAUCGUGUGGAAAAGCUCUUUCAAAAAUGCCUCGUUAAAAUUUUGAAUAUAGAUUUGUGGAAGCUUUAUUUGCAGUAUAUCAAGGAUACGAAGGGCAAACACCCCAAUUUCAAGGAAAAAAUGGCCCAGGCUUAUGACUUUACAUUGGACAAAAUGGGUCUUGAUUUAAAUUCUUACUCGAUAUGGGCUGAUUAUAUCUCAUUUUUGCGAUCUACUCAAGUUCAGGGCUCGUAUGCAGAGAGUCAAAAGAUAACGGCCACUCGAAGAGUCUACCAGAGGGCAAUCAUCACUCCGAUGCUGGGUAUUGAGACAGUCUGGCGCGAUUACUGCAUGUACGAGGAUUCAAUCAACCCGCACAUUGCAAAGAAACUGACUGAAGAGCGUAGCCGUGACUAUAUGAACGCGCGCAAUGUCACCAAGGAAUACGAGAUCAUGACAAAAGGACUGUCAAGGAAUAUCCCUUCAGUACCUCCUCAAGUGACUCCGCUUGAAGUUAAACAGGUGGAACUCUGGAAGAAAUAUAUUCAGUGGGAAAAAGAUAAUCCCUUAAAAACUGAAGACAUCACUACGAUCACUAAACGAGUUAUGUUUGCUUACGAGCAGUGUCUCCUUUGCUUGGGACAUCAUCCUGACAUCUGGUAUGAAGCCGCCAGCUAUCUGGAGCAGGCUAGUAAACUUCUUGCUGGAAAAGGUGAUCAAGCAAUGGCUUCGCAAUUUGCUGAUGACACAGCUGCGAUGUACGAAAGGGGCAUCAAUUUGUUGAAAAAUAAUAUAAUGCUUUAUUUUGCUUAUGCGGAUUACGAGGAGGGUCGGUGCAAAUAUGCCAAAGUUCACAGCAUUUACAAGAAACUCAUCUCUAUGGAUAAUGUUGAUCCAACUUUGCCGUAUAUUCAGUAUAUGCGUUUUGCACGUCGUUGCGAAGGCAUUCAGUCGGCGCGCCUAGUCUUUAAGUUGGCUCGCGAAGAUCCCCGUAUCGGUUACCAAGUUUUUGUGAGUGCAGCUUUGAUGGAGUACUUUUGUAGUAAGAAUUUGGAAGUUGGGAAGAAUAUAUUUGCGUUGGGUAUGAAGCGCUUUGCAGGCAAUUCCGACUUCGUGCUGUGCUACGUUGAAUAUAUGUCUCACCUUAAUCAGGAUAAUAACACUCGAGUGCUUUUCGAACGCGCUCUAGGAUCCGAUGAGAUACCCACCGAGCGUGUUCGACCCAUUUGGGCUCGAUUCUUGCAAUUUGAACUUCAGGUUGGUGACCUUGCUAGCGUCCAGAAAAUCGAGAAGCGUCGACUCAAGGCAAUCGAGAACGUGAAGGAAUUUCAAGGACGCGAGACAGCUCUCUUGAUUGAUCGCUAUCGAUUUUUAGACCUUUUCCCCUGCUCUGAAUCGGAACUGAGGUCGCUCGGUUAUCGGGAGCUGGCGAAGCUUAAUGUGACCGGUGCGGGGUGUGCCUUCUUGCACUCGGUGGGUAUAGGUGCUCCAGGUGAGGACGUGCAGGUUGCAGUUGGUAGUGGUGUUUCGAACCAGUCGACUCUGCCACUUGCUGAAGCGGGUGACGGAUCAAGCAUCCUGCCUAGUAGCGGCGCGAAGCAGCCUACAUUCCCGCAACCUGAUUUUGCGCAAAUGUUACCCUUCAAACCGAAGGCUUAUCCACGUACCGGUAGCCACCCCGUUGCAGGUGGUGAGUUCCCUCCACCUCCUGCUGCCUCCGCUCUCAUCCACAUGCUUCCUCCCCCGGAGUGCUUCCACGGCCCUUUUGUGCAGGUGGAUAAGUUUUUGGAACACUUCCUCAAUCUCGAAAUACCUGAGGACUAUAUUACACAGGUGAUGGCUGAGUCGGAGGACGUGGCGAUGACUAACAUUGACGCAGGCACCGCAAUUUCCAUUGAGAUGUCCAAUACAGUACCACAGCAAGUACUAAUGGCAGCGGCGGCUCGUCGGCGCAAGCAGCUGCAACAGCAGCAGCAGGAGGGUGUGGUAGCAGGGCGAAAGCGCUCUGCCACAGCUACCACCAACGCCUUUGGGGACUCGGAAGAUGAAGCGGAGCCUGAGGAAGACGACGAAAACGACCCAGUUUUCAACGACGAUGUCGAAGCUGGUGGUAGCGGCAGCGGUUCUAAUGUCACCUCUGGAGGCCUUCUUGACAUCUUCAAGUUACGACAGACCAAACGCCAUAAUGUUGCCUGA